GGUUCGGACAGUGUGGAGGAAGUGGCGGUCCCGCAGGAAACUGUGCGGAGUUUAUGUUGGAAGGAGGCUUCAGUCAGGUGAUUUGCUGACCCAGUACAGGUCCACAAUGCAGCCAGAGAGGGAGAGGGCGACAGCCAGGCAGUCAUGAUCUGCCUGAGAUGCGGGAAGGAGCCGCUAAUCUAACUUUCACAUCCCCGGAUAAGGUCGCCAUCUGAUUACACUGAAAUGACAUCCCUCUCAUCUACGGUGAGGUUUGUGGUUUACAGUAACUCCACAACUGCUGUGCAUAAAAAUUCAACAGUGUCCAUGGGCACCUCCUCAACAGCUUCAGUGCCUUGGCUAACCUCCUCAGCACCCACUGGCAUGGCAGCCAACGUCACCCAGCCACACCAGUGCCUCAUAGUACUCUUUGAAGAUAUCGGUGAAUCAAGGGUUCGGUUCUGGGAUGUCUUCCUCCUGAUCCCCAACGUGCUUUUCUUUACGUUUUUGCUCUGGAAGCUUCCAUCGGCUCGAGCGAAGAUCCGUGCCACAUCGAGCCCCAUCUUCACCACGUUCUACAUACUGGUCUUUGUCGUGGCAAUGGUAGGCAUCGCACGGGCAGUAGUUUCCAUGACAGUCAGUGCAUCCACUAUCGCCGUAGUAACAGAUAAGGUUCUCUGGGAGAUUUCGCGUUUCUUUUUGCUGGCAACCGAACUGAGUGUGAUCAUCCUAGGCCUGGCGUUUGGGCACCUUGAAAGUAACUCGAGCAUCAAACACGUGUUGAGUAUAACGACUGUUCUCGCUCUAGGAUACUCGAUAACACAGGGAACCCUGGAGAUCUUGUAUCCUGAUGCACAUUUGUCUCCUGAGGACUUUAAUGUCUAUGGCCAUGGAGGUCGGCACUUCUGGCUUGCCAGCUCUUGUUUUUUCUUCCUGGUUUAUUCAGCGAUUGUCAUUCUCCCAAAAACCCCUCUAAGGGAGAGAAUCUCCUUGCCCUCCAAGAAGAGCUUCUACACGUACGCCGGGAUUUUGUCAGUGUUGAACCUGAUCCAGGGGAUUGGCAGCGCGCUGCUCUGUGCCGAUAUUGCAGCUGGACUCUGCUGUGUGGAUGCCACCACGUUCCUGUACUUCAGUCUGUUUGCUCCACUGAUGUAUGUGACCUUCCUGAAGGGUUUCUUUGGCUCUGAGCCCAAAAUCCUCUUCUCCUACAAGUCGCAGGUCGACGAGCCGGAGGAGACGGACGUCCACUUGCCCCAGACGCACACCGGCUCCCGGAAGGAAGUGCUGGACUCUGGCCCCUACUCCAGCACGCAGAUCGACAGCUCGGCCUCCUACCUGGACGACCUGGCCGUGGGCAGCAUCAACAGCGUGGACAGUGACCGAUGGAGAAUGAUGAAUGCUUGAGGGUGGGCGGGGCACGAGCAGCAGCCUACAGAGUUGUGGGGGCAGCAGAGAAGGACUCUUCGGCUCUCUCCUCUCAUCACUGCUUCCGACAUCCUGGAAUUUCAGUCAUGGAAUGUAUGCAUUACAGGAUUUUAUAAAUCCUGCCAUUUUGAAUACUCCCUCAUUCACACAGCAUCUUCUUGCUACUUUUUAAAUAUUUCUACAUGUGCAUCCCUUCCCCCCACCAUUUAAAGUCGUCAAACUAUUCCAUACUGUAAACUUGUUUUAAUUACUGCUCCAGGCGAGGGUUUGAUUUCUUCUUUUCCAAUGAGGAACUGGGGAAAGUUUGAAAUUGGGGCCUGGCACCCUCCCUCCCACCCUCCCCAGUGUUUGCUUUCUGUCUGACCUGACUUGCCUGGUUUCAUUCAGCAUUUGCUUUUUCAAUUUCUUUCCUCGGCUACAAAUGAAGGAGGCCAAAACUGUCCACCAGUGUUUAAAGACUUCAUUACAAAUGCCUUUGCUAUGUUGACUGGGGUAACUACUCAGCCUGGUGGUGGCUGUGACAUUUGUGAACAGUCCUAUUCUCUCCCACUGGAGAUCGUCGGGGGCAAUUUGCUCCCUCGAAUACUGUCCAUUGAAAGAUUGAGGAUGAUUAAUAAAACAAAAACUUAUUUUUAA